AGUGUCACAAGCAAAGGACACAGCAACCCAAGUGUGGCAGAAAGCAAAAAUAACCCCUCCAUGUGCAACCCGGCGAGGAGGAAGAUGAGAUAAAGCCACUCAGAUGGAGGCCAGUUCCACCAGCCUCAAGAGGCUCAAGUUUGGGAAGCUGAAGGUGGUACGUCGGCGCCUCCUCCAGAGGUACGAGCAUCAGCCCUUCAUCUCCUGCCUGGCUGGUUUCUACAGCUGCCGGUGGAAGCGGGACCAGCGCAGAAGGACUGAGCCUGGGAAAUGCUGCUGCAAGACGCGGGAAUGCGUGUUUUUCCCAUUGCUUGUUGGAGCUUUCUGCUUUUCUCUGGUCUUUUUGUACAUGUGGGGUGAAGCAAAAAAUGACUACAAUAACUUUGACUGGUAUAACUAUGGGAACCUGGGCUUCUGGUUUCUCUGGUCUCUUGUCCUCCUGAUUGUGGCUGCAAUAUUGUUCAUCUACAUCACACUGUUAUUGGUCCUAGCGAUGUGUUUGCUUGCAGAAGGUCAGCAGCUGUACCUACACUGGAGUCACAAGAUUGGGACUUUUCUUGUCCUGGGUUUCUCUAUCACAGCCCUCUUCAUAUUAUCGGUACUCUGGGGAGAUCAAUGGAAAACUGUCCGCCUGUCAUUCCAGAUCACAGCUCCCUAUCUCCACAUAGGGGCAAUAACCAUCAUGGUCCUCCUGUCCUGGCCUGUGGCUCUUCAUGCCAUCAGAGCAGAUAAGAAAGUUGUUCAGGUGAUAAUUGUUGGUCCAUACCUGGCUAUCCUUCUCUUUCUUUUCUUGAUACCUCUGGGGAUGUACUCUCCUUGCAUCAGAGAGAUGGGAACACUUGGACCAAAGCCAGCCCUCGUUGGACACCGUGGAGCACCAAUGCUGGCACCAGAAAACACUGAGAUGUCAUUUCAGAAGACAAUUGAACAUGGUGGGGAUGGUCUUGAAACAGAUGUCACCAUUAGCUAUGAUGGGAUUCCUUUCCUCAUGCAUGACAGCACCUUGAGGAGGACAACUAACAUCAAGGAGGUCUACCCCAAUGACACUGCUCAAAAUGCCGCAUUAUUCUCCUGGGAUACCCUGCAGGAGUUGAAUGCUGGAAUGUGGUUCCUUAAGGACAAACCAUUUUCAUGCAUGAACUCAUUGUCAAGGGCAGAUCAAAACCAGGCAAUGAAUCAGUCAAUUUACAAGCUAAGUAAUUUCUUGCGCCUCGCAGACAGUCAGAAUAAACUUGUGAUAUUUGAUCUCUACCGCCCUCCAGAGAACCAUCCUUACAGGAACUCGUGGAUCAACAGAACCCUGGAAGUCAUCCUCAACGAGUCGGGGAUUAGACCCCACCUGGUCCUAUGGCUGGAGAACGACAUGAGGUCCUUUGUUCAAUCUGUCGCUCCUGGAUUUCAGCAGACAAUGGGCAGUAAGGCCCCAGUUGAAGACCUAUUGAUGGACAAUAUUGUCAAACUCAAUCUAGCCUACACUGAAAUGUCCAGCGAAGAUAUCCGGAAAUACGCUGAGGCAAAUAUCACCACAAACCUCUACGUGGUCAACGAGCCAUGGCUUUUCUCCCUGGCAUGGUGCUCUGGGGCACACUCUGUGACCACCAAUGCCGUCCACACGCUGAAGAAUCUCAACCAGCCACUCUUCCUCAUGACUCCGCAGCAGUACAACAUCAUGUGGAUCCUGACAGAUCUGACCUCUGUGCUCCUCAUCUCACUCAUCUUUGCUCUGCACUGGUGGCGAGAGCGGAGUUUCUCCUGCUGUGCCCAUGACGGUGGCUCGGUGCUGGAGAGUGGCACCUACAACAAGUUCAGGACAGAGCUCAGCGACAUGCCUGCCGUCAUGGCCUGA